GUCUAUAAUAGUUUUGUAGCGGCUUCCGUUGAACUACAGGAAGAAACUGAGUGACUGUGUCUCAGAUUAAUUAAUUUAAUGAGUUCAGCAUCGCUCUGUAGUUCGUCGUGUUCAAUAGUUUAUCAUUACUUACUGUUUUAUGGUACAUAAAAAAACAUGACGUGUAACAACAUUUAGGUAUUUAAAUUGAACGGCGUUUAGUUUUGCGAUCAGUAUUUCAAAGAUUUAUUUACACUUUCAGUUAUCCAUUAUAAAUACUGAAAUCAGUCAUGAAGUUAAUAUUCAAGUUUAUGGUAUUAGUCUUAAUGUUUUGCAUUUAUUCAAUGUCUGUAAAUGGAGUACCAAACACCAAAGAACCGGUUUUAGAAAAAUUACAAGCACAACAGCAACAUUUCAGGGGUGAAGAACACAAUCCAGAUUAUGACCAUGAAGCUUUUCUUGGACAAGAAGCAGAAGAAUUUGAUAAUUUGACGCAAGAAGAAAGCCAAAGGAGACUUAGUGUAAUUGUCGAUAAAAUUGAUAAAAACAAUGAUGGAUAUGUUACACAAGAGGAACUUAAAGAUUGGAUUAAAUUCACUCAGACUCGUUAUAUAAUGAAUGACGUACAUAGCCAAUGGGAUAACCACAAAAACUUAGAAAAUGAAAAAUUAUCAUGGGCAAUUUAUAGAAAAGAUACAUAUGGAUUUAUGUCUGAUGACGAAGCAAAAGAAGCACAUAAAUCUGAUGAUUCCUAUACAUAUGCCAAAAUGAUACUAAGAGAUAAGAGAAGGUGGGCAGCAGCUGACGUAGAUAGUGACGGUCUGUUGUCCAAAGAAGAAUUUAUCUCAUUCUUACAUCCUGAAGAAAGUGUUCACAUGAAAGAUAUUGUUGUAUAUGAAACUAUGGAUGAUAUGGAUAAAGAUAAAGACAAUAAAAUAUCAAUGGAUGAAUAUAUUGCUGAUUUGUUUCCCGGUGUGGAGCCAAAUGAAGAACCAAAUUUCAUUAAAAGUGAAAUAGAACAAUUUAAGACAUACAGAGAUAAAGAUGGUGAUGGAUUUUUGGACAUUGGAGAGGUCAAAGAUUGGAUAUUACCUGACAAUUUUGAUCAUGCCGAAGCAGAAAGCAGACACCUUGUUUAUGAAUCUGAUUCAGAUGCUGACGGCAAAUUAACUAAAGAAGAAAUAUUAGCAAAAUAUGAUUUGUUUGUUGGAUCCCAGGCUACAGAUUUUGGAGAGGCCAUUAUGAAACACGAUGAGUUAUAAACCAAAAAAAAAAAAAAAAUUAUUACAAUUAAUCACAUUAUUUUUAUAUAAUUAGU